UCCAAUUAGUGACCUUAAUUAGCUACGGUCAAGUGGUUCCAGCCUCCUCUGUGCUUCUCACUAUUUAUUUCUGUAAUGGGAAGAGUAGAGUGUUAGCUUUGCAGGGACCUGCAUGGAAAAUACUGAAACAUGAACAUGCAUGUCAUUGACAUUGCACAGAUGCACAGAUGAAUGUAGCCUCGAAUCUAUCCCUCGGUUCCAGGCCGCUUCACAAGAAGUCUGGGAUCGAGGCUAAGAUAAAUGCAUCCAUUUCCUGUUCUAUUUCCGUUUACAUUUCAACAUCCUGGUUUUGCACGAGCCUCUCCCACUCCAGUUAGAUUUACUUGUAUGUACUCGGAAAACAAGCUUUUGAACAAGCAGCAAACAAUCAAGCAAACAAACUGCAAGAUUACAAAUUACACUGGACUAAAGUUUGGCCCAUCGUAAGGACUAGAGAAAAAGUGGUGCAAGUGCCGUAUAGUUGCGGAAAUGACUGAUGACAGCCAGUCAUGUAAUACUCCCCUGCACACUGCUGCAAGCCGUGGGGACUCAGAUGAGGUCAGAGAGCUGUUGAAAACAAAGCAAUAUGAAGUCAACGUCAGAAACUCACACAACCAAACAUCUCUUCAUCUUGCAUGUGCUAAUGGUCAUCUCGAUACGGUUUGGACACUAGCCAAUGACUUUGGUGCUGACAUAGGAGCUAUUGAUAAUGAUGGAAAUACACCAUUGCUUUUUGCUGCUAAGAACAAACAUGUGCAAAUAAUUAUAAUGUUGCUUCUAUUAUCAAUGUGUGGUAGACACCUCUUCAACGGAGACUACUUGUCCUAUUACUUUAGCCGUAGUCAAAUGGAUUCUCAUCACGUUAAAGUCUUUGAGGAUGUCCUCUUCGAGUAUUACAAUGAUUCUGAAGCAGUGGAGAAAACAAUGCAUCUGAUAAGUAAAUUCUUUGUUGAUUAUAUUCAAUUCAAGGAUUAUAAAGAUGAUGGCUUUAUUGCAUUGUUUGUAGCUGCAUCACUCGGUCUCAAAGACUUGAUUAAUCGACUAGUUACACAGAAUAAAGUAGACCUGAAUAUUAAGGGAUUCCAUGGCUUGUCUGUUCUCCACGGUGCCUGUUUUGGAGGACACAUCCUGCUCAUGGAAAAUCUUAUUUCAGAACAUCUUACGGACCUUUCUGUUAAGGAUACACAAGGGAACUCAGUUUUGCAUUACGCAGCUUUAAAGGGGACUCCCUAUGCAUGCGAUGGUGGUCAUAUAGAACUGAUAGACAAAUUAGUGCUUGAACAUGGCCUCAAUCCCGCAGAUAAAAAUAAUGAUGGUAACACACCUCUACAUGUUGCAGCCGUUAAAGGACAUGUUGAAACAGUGAGACACCUGAUUAGCAAGCACAGUGCUGAUGUUGAUUGCACUAAUAAUCAGAACAGUACUCCAUUGAUGCAAGCUGCGCUGAAUGGUUGUGUGCAUGUUUUGGAUAUGCUAAUCAAAGAAUUCAACAGCAGUUGUCAUGUCCGAGAUGACGAUGGUUGUACUCUCCUUCACUAUGCAUGCGGUGGUGGUCAUAUAGAACUGAUAGACAAAUUAGUGCUUGAAUAUGGCCUCAAUCCCGCAGAUAAAGAUAAUGAUGGUAACACACCUCUACAUUUUGCAGUCAUUGAAGGACAUGUUGAAACAGUGAGACACCUGAUUAGCAAGCACAGUGCUGAUGUUGAUUGCACUAACAACUACAACACUACUCCAUUGAUGUUAGCUGCGCUGAAUGGUCGUGUGCAUGUUUUGGAUAUGCUAAUCAAAGAAUUCAACAACAGUUGUCAUGUUCGAGGUUGCAAUGGUUAUACUCUCCUUCACUGUGCAUGCGAUGGUGGUCAUAUAGAACUGAUAGACAAAUUAGUGCUUGAAUAUGGCCUCGAUCUCGCAGAUAAAGAUAAUGAUGGUAACACACCUCUACAUUUUGCAGCCAUUAAAGGACAUGUUGAAACAGUGAGACACCUGAUUAGCAAGCACAGUGCUGAUAUUGAUUGCACUGACAACUACAACAAUACACCAUUGAUGCUAGCUGUGUGGACUGGUCGUGUGCAUGUUUUGGAUAUGCUAAUCAAAGAAUUCAACAGCAGUUGUCAUGUCCGAGGUGACAAUGGUUAUACUCUCCUUCACUAUGCAUGCGGUGGUGGUCAUAUAGAACUGAUAGACAAAUUAGUGCUUGAAUAUGGACUCAAUCCCGCAGAUAAAGAUAAUGAUGGUAACACACCUCUACAUGUUGCAGCCAUUGCAGGACGUGUUGAAACAGUGAGACACCUGAUUAGCAAGCACAGUGCUGAUGUUGAUUGCACUAAUAAUCAGAACAAUACACCAUUGAUGGGUGCUGCGCGGAAGGGUCGUGUGCAUGUUUUGGAUAUGCUAAUCAAAGAAUUCAACAGCAGUUGUCAUGUCCAAGAUGACGAUGGUUAUACUCUCCUUCACUGUGCAUGCGAUGGUGGUCAUAUAGAACUGAUAGACAAAUUAGUGCUUGAAUAUGGCCUCAAUCCCGCAGAUAAAGAUAAUGAUGGUAACACACCUCUACAUAUUGCAGCCUCCAUUAAAGGACAUGUUGAAACAGUGAGACACCUGAUUAGCAAGCACAGUGCUGAUGUUGAUUGCACUAAUAAUCAGAACAGUACUCCAUUGAUGCGAGCUGCGCUGAAUGGUUGUGUGCAUGUUUUGGAUAUGCUAAUCAAAGAAUUCAACAGCAGUUGUCAUGUCCGAGGUUACAAUGGUUAUACUCUCCUUCACUAUGCAUGCGAUGGUGGUCAUAUAGAACUGAUAGACAAAUUAGUGCUUGAAUAUGGCCUCGAUCUCGCAGAUAAAGAUAAUGACGGUAACACACCUCUACAUGUUGCAGCCAUUAAAGGACAUGUUGAAACAGUAAGACUUUUGAUUACUCAACACAAAAUUGAUAUUAAUAUCACUAAUAAUGUUUACUCUACCCCAUUGUGUUUAGCAGCUGAAGGUGGUCAUGAGAUCGUGAUUCAUGCCUUUAGUAAAGAGUUUAAAUGCAGCCCACAUAACAGAGGCUACAAUGGUCAAACUCUGCUUCACUAUGCUUUCCAAAAUGGUCACGUAGAACUAUUGUAUAAACUGGUAGCUCAAUAUAAGGUGGAUCCAACAAUUAGAGACAAUGAUGGGAACACACCUCUACAUCUUUUGUGUCCUACACCGCAUACUGAAGACAUGCUAAGAACAAUCCUUUGCAAGUACCAGUACUGGACAGUGUUUCAAGUUAAUAAUAAAGGUAACACCCCUCUUCACACAGCAACUCUAUAUGGGCAAGCUCAUUGUGCACGUUUACUAUUGCAGAAGUAUGAAGCUCCACUUUUUGUGCGAAAUACAGAUGGGAAGACAGCCCUUGAUUUAGCUAAACUUCAGAGAAAACAAGAAAUUGUUACAAUUUAUGAAAAUCAUACUUCCAAACUCCAGUUAACCUAUGAGCAACUAGACGAACUUGCUAAACAAGAGUUUACUGGUGAAAAGAACCUCACCAGAAUAUUUGUUGUAGGGCAUCCAGGUGCAGGGAAAUCCACGCUUGUUGAGACUAUCAAAAAGGAAGGUUUCUUCAGCUACUUCAGCACAUCAACUGUUGCACCUCACACUGCAGGCAUUAUUCCAAGUACUUAUGACAGUAGUUAUUAUGGAAGAAUGAUACUCUAUGAUUUUGCUGGUGAUUCCGAGUACUACUCCUCACAUGCUGCAAUUAUGGAGUCAAUCAACACAUCAAAAGGAAGUAAUAUAUAUUUGAUAGUUUGUGAUUUGAGUAAAGGCGAAGAAGCUGCUGCCACUAAAUACAGCUACUGGCUUUCAUUUCUAUCAUACAAUAUUAAGCAAUUCUCAAACAUGAUUAUCCUACCAGUGGGAAGCCACGCUGAUGUAAUCAACAAAACAUCAGUUGAACAAGUGUUACGUGUUCUUGACAGCGUAUCCCAAAAGUUCUGUAGCAGCUCUAAGAUUGAUGGCUUUCAAAUUGAACAAAGUGUUUCUCUUGAUUCUCGUAAACGAGGGACUGUAGUAAAUGACAUAAAAGAACUCACUAAGAAAUUUUCCAAUUUGGUAUCCCUUUCCCCAGAGACAAGCACACUCUUGGGAUUGUUGAAGAAAGACUUUGAACAUGUUCCAGCUUGCAAAGUAAGCCUCCUUAUCUCUCACAUAGAAGAUACUGGAAUUCCACUGCCACUAAAUUCUUCAUCACUAUACACUCUCAUAAGAGAGUUGCAUGAUUUGGGUCUGCUAAUGAUGAUAGAGAGAGAAGGGGACUCCAUUGAGAACCAUAUAAUAAUUCUCAAGAUAUCAACAUUCACAUCAAAUGUACACAAAAAACUCUUUUCAGAGUCUGCUAAAGCUGACCUCACAGAGCACAUUGAUCAACUCAAGUUUAGCGUAGGUAUAAUUCCAGAAUCACUACUGGAGAGAGUACUACCAGAGUACAUCACAAAAGAAAGUCUACUGCAGUUGCAGUACUGUCACGAAAUUGAAAAUUUGUACGUAGAAGAGGACCACACUCUUUCUCAACUCACUUCAGAACCUGUACCAACAGAUAGUGCCACUAAAGAGAAAUCUCAUUUAUUUUUCCCUGCUCUGUGUGAUCUCAAGCUUGACGACAUUCAAUGGCCUAAAUCCGAAGGUGAUAAGAUUACUUUGGGAUGGUAUGCUAAAUGUGAUGGUGACAGAUUCGACUUCUUUCCAACACGAUUUCUUCAUGUGCUUAUCGUUCACCUCUCUCACAACUUUGCACUAAAACAAAUCCUGCCCACAAGACACAGACUCUCCACUACAGCUUUGAUUGCUGAGGUACAUGCUGCCAAUCCUAGCUGUCAUGUCUGGUCGACUGGUCUGCAUUGGCUUAUGAAGAAUGGAGUGGAAGUGUUCGUCGAUAUGCCUAAAGAAGCUGAUAGUAAAGAACUGGUUGUACUAGCAAGGAGUGACGUCCGAAAUCAAGCCAAGUGUUCUGAAACUCUGCAUCAAGUUAUUCAAAAGGUAGUGGAAGCAAAAAUGGAGUUCUGUGCUAGUAUAGUGCCUACUGUUUACCUUCUUGAUCCGAGCAACCUCAAAGAUGAACCUUUUACGAAUGCUUUGAGUUCAUCUAAAUACGCUCUUAGUGAUAUCGAAGAAGCACUAGCAGAAGGCACUGAGGAAGUUGCCGAUAAAGACAGGCAAUGCUUCUGCACUCCGAUCAAAGAAUGGAUUAGCCCAACAAGAUGGGCCAUAUCUUACUGGAAUCUGUUUUUUCCAAUGAAUACCUUCUUGGUUCAUUCUGCUUUGCAAGAAGUAAAGGAUGCUCAAUGGAAACUGCUAGGAAUGAGUCUUCCGAUCCCCUGGAACAAAUUAGCUGACAUUGAGAAUAAUGACUCAUCAUACCCUGGUGACAUUGCUAAGAAAGAAGAAGUAAUUCGACUGUGGAUGUCUCAAGAACCCACCUGGAUAGUGUUGGUAGACGCUCUCAGUCAAUCUGCAUAUGAAUGGUCACAGGAUUCAAGUCAAAUCUCACAAGAGCACAAUGUGCCUCUACAAAAGAAAAUUUUAGAAAAAGAUUCAUCUCUUCGUCCCGACGAGGACUUUCUCCAAUCAUUUGCUGCCAUCAUUGGCUCUCGUUGGCAGUGUCUUGCUUUCCCCCUCUCCCUCACUUCUAAAGACAUUGUGAGCAUCAAGGGAGAGACAAGAGGAGCAGAGCCGACCAGACAAGCACUCGUCAUGCUGCAGAAAUGGGCAGCCAGGGAGACGGCAACUUAUGGUCAGUUGAGAGAGAGACUCCGUACACUCUCAGUAUUUCAUAUCUGAGAAAAUUUAUAGUAUCAUGCAUCACAGCACAAAUUUUAUGUGUAGCUACGUUAAUGCACCUCCUGCAUGUAACUGUUUUAUCACUUUAUUGUGUCAAUGAACUUCAGAACUCAUGCUUCACCAUAAUAUUAUAAUUUUCUUACUAUUGCACUUUUAAUCUACAUUUUCCUACACUGCCUUGCUAAUAUUAAACAUCUUCGCAUCUUUUUGUUAGCCUUUUAUCAAUUCAUUAGUUAAUUAAUGCUUCCCCCAAGUAAUUUUUGUACUUUUCAGCUAGAGUUUUAGUGUUGAACAAAAUGUCUGUAACAACUCCAAGAUUGAUGAUUUAAACGAGGAGCUGUGGAUGACAUAAAGAACUACUAUAAGAAUAAUCAUCGUCUAUCAGACUUUCCCUCUCUCCUGGGAUUUUUGAAAAAAGACUUUGAACACGUUCCAGCUUGCAAAGUAAGCCUCGAUCCUUAUCUCUCACAUAGAAGAUACUGAAAUUUGGCUCACACCCUAAGACAGUUACUCGCAUCAGAUGUACAAAGUCUGCUAAAGCGGACGUCACCAAUUACAUCAAUCAACUCCAGCUCAGCGUAGGCAUAUACAAAAUCGUUAUACUGCAUGGAAAAGUACUAACAGAAUAUACCACAAGCUGCAGUAUACUGCCAUGAAAUUGAGAAUUUGUAUGUGGAGGACCACAGUCUUUCUCAACUCACUUCAGAACCAGUACCAACUGAGAGUUCCACUAAAGAGAAAUCUCGCCUGAAAUUCUGCUCACACCAGUUACUCAUAUCAGAUGUACCCAUAAUCGCUCAGCGUGGUCAAGAUUUCCUAAAGCGACGUCUGCAGAUACAAGUGUUUAAGUUAGAGCUAGCCAAGAGUAUCCAUUAUACACGCGUGCUCAUCAGGCAAAGGUACAUCAGGGUGAGGUCAAUAUUACAGAAUCGCUUGCUGGAAAAAAACUACCAGAAUACACCACAAGUUGCAGUACUGCUGAGAAUUUGUACGUGGAAGAGGACCACAGUUCUUCUCAACUCACUUCAGAACCAGUACUAACUGUGAGUGCCACUAUAAAGAGAAAUCUCGUCUGCUUUUUUUGAUCUCUGGGUCAAAGCUUUUCAUGAAAAUAAAGCUUGCCAACAAGCCGCAGUUCUCUAUAAUAACUGAUCCUUCUUCUUCUUUGAUUGCAGAGGUCCAAUUAUAUGCUGCCAAUCCUCGCUGUCAUGUCUGGUCUACAUGUACUAUACUUGGUAUGUAGGCUUAUGAAUGGAGUGGAUGUAUUCGUUGAUAUGCCUAAAGACGCUGAUAGGCUAAUAGUGAGAAGUGGCAAUAAAACAUAAAAUGUGCUAACACUCUGCAUCUAUCUAGUUAUUCAAAAACGAAACAGAAUAUUAUGGAAACAAAAUUGAUUUCUGUACUGCCUUCUGUUUACCUUCUUGAUCCAAGCUAUCUCAAGGAGGAAACUUUUACGAAGGCUAUAUAGAAAUGGACCUAAAUAUGCUCUAAGAGAUAUUGAUAAAGCAUUAGUAGAAGGAACUAAGCAAGUCAUGGAAAGAAGGUCAUUACUUCUCUAUUCUGAUGAAAGAUUGGGUCAUCCCAAAAGAUGGACUACUGGAUCAAGAUAUACCCACAACUCCUAAUGUUGCGCAGGUACUGAAAAUGCCCCACUUCAAUCAAAGAUUGGAUCAGCUCAGAUUUGUUGGUUCCGAUGGAUGAGUCCCUGAUUGACUCUGCUUUAAACUGCUUUGGAGAAUAUUUCAAUCCAUUGGAAUAACGAAGCAUCCUUCCCUGGUGAUAAUUAUUUCCAAGAUAAUUUGACCGUUGGAUUUUCCCCAGAGACAAAUUCUCUUCUGGGAUUGUUGAAAACAACUUUGACUACAUUCCAGCUUGUAAAGUAAGCCUCCUUAUCUCUCACAUAGAAGAUACUGAUAUUCUGCUCACACCCUAAGAGAGUUACUCGCAUCAGAUGUACCUAUAAUCAUAAUAUUAUAUUGUCAAAGUCUGCUAAAGCGGAUGUCACCAAUUACAUCGAUCAACUCAAGCUCAGCGUAGUCAUAAAUUAUUACAGAAUCGCUGCUGCAUGGAAAAAGUACUACCAGAAUAAUUAUACCACAAGCUGCAGUACUGCCACGAAUUUGACAAUUUGUACGUGGAAGAGAACCACAGUCUCAACUCACUUCAGAACCAGUACCAACUAAGGGUGCCACUAAAGAAAAAUCUCGUCUGCUUUUUUAUCUCUGGGUCAAAGCUUUUCAUGAAAACUAAACUUCCCAACAAUUGCAAGCGGAUAACUUCUCAUUUUCUGAUUCUUCUACUGCUAAUAGUUAUUUGAUUCCAGAGGUCCAAUUAUGCUGCCAAUCCUCGCUGUCAUGUGUGGUCGACUGGUCUACAUUGGCUUAUGAAGAACGGAGUGGAGGUAUUUGUCGAUAUGCCUAUAGACGCUGAUAGUGAUAGCGAGAAGUGGCAACAAAAUAUAACACUCUACAACUAGUUGUGGAAACAAAAUUUAUUUCUGUACUGGUAUAGAUAUUGCCUUUUGUUUACCUUCUUAAUCCGAGCAGAAAUGCACCUAAAUAUACUCAAAAGUAUUGAUGAAGCACUGAAAGAACUAAGCAAGUCAUGGGUAAAGACAAUGCUUCUCUAUACUCGGAUGAAAAAUUGGGUCAUCCCAAAAGAUGGACUAUAUCUUACUGGAAUAAGAUCUACCCAGAUACAACUCCUAAUGAUGCGCAGGCACUGAAAAUGCCUCACUUCAAUCAAAGAUUGGAUCAGCUCAGGUGACAUUCUACUGGAGUAAGCAUCAUUCAAACCCAACAUUUAAUUUAUGAGCUUAAUUAUUUCCUUGUACACAUUUGUUUUUCCGAUGAAUGAGUCCCUGAUUGACUCUGCUUUGAACUGCUUACAAGGAUGAAUACUCAUGCAUUGGAAUAACUACUUAAAACAAAACAUCCUGAUUUUGCCAAAUAGUAUAAUUCAACUGGAAAGUCUCAAGAACACACCUGGAAAAUAUUAGUAGAGGUUCUCGCAGUCAACCCACAGGAUUGUCAACAAAACAAUUCAAAUCUCACACGAGCACAACGUGCUUCUACACAGGAAAAGCAUUAUUGAAAGCAAUUAUCUGCAUGUCCGUCCUGACGAUUCCAAUCAUUUGCUGCCCUCAUUGGCUCUCGAUGGCAGUGUCUUACUUCUCCCUUCUCCCUCACUUCUGAAGACAUUGUGAGCAUCAAGAGAGAGACAAGAGGAUCAGAGCCGACCAGACAAGCACUCGUCAUGCUGCAUGGUCAUGCACUUUUCGUGUUCCAUAUCUGUACCACAUUAUGUUAGAUUUAGCUGCAUUCAUUCAAUUGCACUUACAUACUGUAGAUAUAGCUGUUAAAUUCAACACAUGUUUGUGUCGCUGAACUUUCAGAACUCAUGCCUUGCCACUUAAGCAAAAAUUACUUUUACACUUCCAAUCGUUACUUUUUCUACUGUGUAUAUGCAACAUGUUACGUCCUUCAAAAUUAGCACAUUUUUGUUACUACUGUACAGUUAUUCUAAUGUUGUCAAUUCUGACAUGAAUGAAAUGAAUUUUUGCACUCAGUUCUAUAUCUU